CAAGCUAUCGGGUGUAUAGAAGGCCUCCAAUCGGCUCUGUUUCCAUUCCAUUGGCAGCACACACUUGUACCUAUUCUGCCUUCUGUUUUGAUGGACGUCUGCCAUGCGCCAACUCCCUACCUGAUAGGUAUUAUCAAACCAAAGCUGAUGGACUUACCGCUCAACAACAUUGAUCUGGAUUUGGUAGUAGACGUGGAUGACGGUACGAUAGUACACAGCGUGGGCGACGAGGCGAUUAUUUUGCCGUCGCGCCUGUCGCGUGCGCUGCGAUCGGCGCUAAAUCUGUCGCUUGCCGCCAGCAAGGAGACGUGCAACCUGCUCGCCUCGGAGGCUCUCAUACGACUUUUCGUCGAACUGCUGGGCCACUAUCGCGAGUACAUCACUGUGUCGCCGUUGCAUAAGAAACGCGAGUUCCAGAGAGAUUUGUUCGUGAAGAGUAUCUCUUCUCGCAGUAUCCAACUAUUUCUGGAAUGGUUCACUGAGACAGCCAUGUUCAACGCAUUCAUCCAGUCGAGGCUGGAGAGAACGCCGGAAUCCAGAGGCCUUUUUGAACAGCGUUGUUCUGAGUAUGCUGAAGAGAACGAUCAUGGACGCCUAGUGAAAAUUACAAAGCGCUUAAUAAAACCGUCAAAAAUCUUG